AUGUCUAAUAAUCGUAAUAAUGAACAGCUACAACACAAUGUAGAAGAUCGUCAGCGAAAGUUACCCUUAUCUGCUCCCACCGCAUCUCAUCAAGAACAAAUAGAACUUAAUCAACGACAAUAUCAAUCCCAAUUUAUUCAACAACGUCUACCACAACUGCAAUCAGCUCAAGGAUUACAGCAAGAGCAAGAACAAAAAAAAGACAAACACCAGAAGAAAAAAUCUCGAGGUGAUCGUAAACGCCAACGCUAUAGAGCAAAACUUCGAAAACGGGGUUUAAAUGAUGAAGAAAUUACAGCUUUAAUCAAUACUUAUAAUAACGGUAAUCAAGGUCAAGAUGAUGGACAAUCUACACUUCAUGAUAUGAACGUGGAACUUCUUAUACCGGUACGUCAUCAGCAGGAAAUGUUAGAAAAUGAAAAUGUUAUACAAACAACAUCUGUUAAACGUAAAAGAGAAACAAGACCAAUAGGUAUCACAACAUCACUGAGUCAAAUGUCAAUUGCAAAUCUUCCAAAGAAACGACAACGUCCUCCGAUUAUGGCUAAUAUUGGAGAAGAGAAGGAGAUUGGCAAAACAAGAUCAAAUAAUAAACCUAAAUAUUUAAAAGUACCCGAUCAAAUAUUCAAAGACAUGCUGUCAAAAUCAUUGGCAUGUGCAGAGAGUAUUGUUCAAUUGCUAGAUACACCUGAAAAAUUACAAUUCGUUCGUACAUAUGCUGAUAUACUUAAUAAUGUGUUUUAUCUCAAAUUAGAAAAAGAUUUUUGGGAACAUUAUAAUACAGUAUGCAUUUCUGAAGCCAUAUGGUCUUCAUGUUUGACGAAAGAAUAUGCUCAAGUAAAUAAUCUGUGUCGAUUCAAAUUUAAAACAAAAGCUCAAAUUGAAAAACAUUGUAAACUGAUUUUGAAUCGCCUUCAAGAAGCGGAAAACAAUUUAACUAAACACAAACAACAGCCAAUAAAUGAAUUAAUUGAUAUGAAUACAUUGUCAACAAUGAUUACUGCUUUUGUUCGUCAAGGUCAACAUAAAUUAACUGCAGAAUUUGACCAGAAAAAAUUAAUAUUACAAUUUGAUGCUAAUGAUCAUCGUUUGGUUAAAACAUUUUACAAUUUUAGCCCAAAUGAAAAUCAGAUUCGUUCGGCGAAAAUUAUCUGGCAAGCCACAAAAGACAAAUUGCUAGCUGACGAGCAGGUAGCCAUUCUUAAACAACGCAUCUAUACGAAACGAUUACCUCCAUCUUUUGCUGUUCUUGAUCAUUCAAUUGAUAAUAUGGAGAAUAUGUUGAAACAGCCAGCACUCAAUAACGAUAAACGUGCCACAUUAUCAUAUCGUCGACUUAAAACAAUUGCUCAAUUCAAAUACGAUAUGAUGAUACUUACUAUUUCAACUGCCGAAGAGACAGUUCGAAGUCACGCGAAUAUCAUUGCCAAUGAAAAGAAGAAAUUAAUUGAUACUGCUGGUGGACAAGUACCUCUUCCAAAACCACUCGUCCAACUAAUGAAUACUAUUGCAGCACGUCAAAGUCCUAAAUAUGUACCACCAUGCCAAAGUCGCUUUUCGGGUCAAACUGUGGAUAAAUUUGUUACACGGGAAUAUGAUAAUAUUGUUCAAUGUUUUGAAAAUGGUCUUACAAAAAAUUGUAUUUCAUAUUCGGAUCCACGAGCGAAAGACUUCUUUAUAGCUGUAGAAAAUCUUAUUCGCCGUUUCUAUGCUACUCCAUUACCUCGAAAAUUAUUCACUCGUGCUCAAAAUGAAUAUCGAAUGAUCAAAAGUAUCCAGCGUCAACUCAAAAAGUCCAAUGUUAUUUUACGAAUAACUGACAAAAGUAAAGUAUUUCAUUUGGGUAGUGUUUAUGAUUAUAGUCAAAAAGCACUACAAUAUAUGCAUGAAACCAAUGCCUAUAGAGAAAUAACAAGUGGUAUUAAUCCAUGUCAGAAUCAUGUACAAACAGUCCUGGCAUUAAUAGAUCCGAUGUUGAAAAAAAGAGAGAUUAAUCGUGAAAUAUGGAAACAAUAUAUGCGACCAAAUGUAACCACAACUGAAUUAGCUCAUUUAUACUUUAUACCAAAGCCACACAAGAUUGGUACACCAUUGCGACCGAUUGUGUCGUCAAUAAAAGCAGCAGCAACUGGUGUUUCACACUUCUUAGAUAUUUUACUUCGUCCCAUGUUUAACCGAGUAGCAAAGCAAACUACAUUUCUGAAUGGAAUUGACUUCGUUCGACAAAUGGAAACUUACCGAAAUAGUGGUCGACUCUUGCCAACAACACUGUUUGUUACUUUCGAUGUGACAAAUCUCUAUACGAUGAUACCUCGUGAUGGAGCUAUAUUCGCUUUACAAAAAUUCUUACACAAACAUGGAGAAAAUCGUCGAAUUCAUGGAAUGACAAUCGAUACUAUAACGCGGCUUGCCCGUCUAGUUUUAGAUACAAAUUGUUUCGUCUACGAAAAGAAAUAUUAUCAACAAAUUCGUGGUGGAGCUAUGGGAUCACCAUUUACAAUGACAUUAGCUAAUAUUUAUAUGUGGGAAUGGGAACAAUCAUUAAUUGAACAUCAGAAAGUACACAAUGAACUCUAUGGCCGUUAUAUCGAUGAUGUCUUUAUGACCACUAAUUUGUCGCUUGAUCAAAUCAAGAUACGACUCAACAUAGCCGAUGAACAAGAUGAAAACAUCCGAAUAACUCAUACAAUUGGUUCAACUGUGGAAUUUCUCGAUGUACUAGUCGAAAAUAAUCAUGGACAACUGAAAACUUCAGUAUUCCAUAAACCAGCAGCUGAACCAUAUAUUCUACCAUUUUUAUCGGAUCAUCCACGUCAUAUUCAUCGCAGUACUGCCAAAUCACAACUACUUCGAGCGGCACGUCUCUGUUCUCAUGUAGAAGAUUUCGACAGAGAACGAUUGAAUAUUGAAUUCACUUUGUUGUUGAAUGACUACCCACUAAAGUUUAUUGCUUAUUAA